GUCUACCAGUAUAAGAAGUUUCCAAGUGGAAAUCCAACAAUGGAGCAGGGAGCUGUUAUCUCAGGACCAGCUUUGCUAAGUGCAGAAAGGUUCCUCACCAGAAAGUGAUUAAUUGAUUUGCCCAUUUCAGCCAGUGAAAACUUAAGGCACGGAAGAUUUCUUAAAAUCAUGCCUAUUUGGCACUAGAAUAUUGAAAUGAAAAACCUUUGAAAACAAGUUCAUCCGUGGAAAAAAAUAAGAUGUUAUCACUCAACGAGUUUCUCCUGCUUUGAUGAGGCAGCUAGAGAAGGAAAGGUAUGGAUGGAAGAAAUCACACAGCUGUGACCUAUUUCAUUUUGAUCGGGCUAUCAGAAUACCCCCAGGCUCAGAUCAUCUUCUUCUGCUUGCUCCUGUUGUCCUACCUUGUUACCUUGCUGGGGAAUGUCCUCAUUCUCUUCCUGAUCCAUUAUGACUCCCGACUCCACACCCCCAUGUAUUUCUUCCUCAGCAACCUGUCCUUCCUAGACAUCUGCUACACUUCGGCUAGCGUCCCUCAGAUGAUCAUUAACUGUUUAGUCAGGAUCCCCAUUAUCUCCUUCGGUCAGUGCUUGACCCAAAUGUGUGCUGGUCUCUACUUGGGAGUCGUGGAAUGUCUCCUGCUGGCUGUCAUGGCUUACGACCGUUGUAUAGCUAUUGGUGACCCUUUACGCUACUCAGUGAGGAUGAGUCCCCAGCUCUGUAUCCAGCUCUCAGUAGGGUCCUGGGUCUCAGCUUUUCUCCUCACUGUGAUCCCAACCCUGACCACCCCACUAGAAUUCUGUGGCCAGCACGUCAUCAAUCACUUCUCCUGUGAGCUCUUGGCUGUCAUCAAAAUUGCAUGCAAUGAUUUGAGAUACAAUGAAUAUUUUAUGAUGGCCUCUAGUUUCCUUACCCUACUAGCACCCUUUGUCUUCAUCCUUGCCUCCUAUGGGCGCAUCCUCAGGGCUGUGCUGAAGAUGAACUCAACUAAGGGUCGGAAGAAGGCUUUCUCCACUUGUAGCUCCCACCUCACGGUGGUAAUCAUCUUCUACGGCACAGCGAUCUCCAUGUACAUGAUGCCCCAAGACAAGGCCAGCAGGGACCGGGACAAAAUCAUCUCCAUGCUGUAUGGUGUUGUGACACCCAUGCUCAACCCUCUUAUCUACAGCCUCAGGAACAAGGAUGUGAAGGGAGCCUUACAGAAAUUAUGUGGAGAGAAGACUGUCUCCUAAGAAGAGAUCCUUUUUCUGAAGCCCAAA